UUUCAUUACAACCAAUCACCUUGUUCAAGUGAACACUUUUUCUGUACAGUAAUUUACCUUUCUUGAACCUCCAUGAAAAUACCGUCAAAGAAACCUCACUUUUUCAAACCAAUUCUUCCAGGCUUCAAAAAUGGAGUUAAAAUUCCUAUAGGUUUUUUGAAGUAUCUGAAGGGAUACGAGCAUAUUAAACGUGCUGUACUGAAAAGAGGUGGUAAGAAAUGGCGGAUUAAGCUGAAUGAACAUCGAUUUGAAGAGGGUAAUUGGGGAAAAUUUGUGGAGGAGAAUGAUUUGCAAUUGGGAGAUUUAUUGGUGUUUGGACAUGAAGGAAAUAUGGAAUUUGAGGUUUCUGUAUUUGAUUCAAGUCAUUGUGAUAGAGAAUAUGCAGAGUAUCUGCAGGAAGAAGGAGGAGGAAGAACCCGGACUGUUGAGGAAAUUUCGAAGGAAUUUGAGUUUAAAGCAAAUGUAACAGAAAAAUCAAAGCACAACAUCAUGUCAUCACACGAGGCUUUUCGCAACAUAGAAGCUGCAAAAGACAUUCCUCUCUCUCACCCUCAUUUUGUUUGUACCAUGAAAUCAUAUUACCUUUCGAAGUGUUCUCUGCGAGUUCCAGUCUCAUUUGCACGGUUAAACGGUCUCAAAAACAGGACAUGUACGAUAACAAUAAGAGACAAGCACCGGUCAUGGACAUUUAAGCUAUAUGCCCGUGGGGUAAACACCACCAUUGUUGGCGGAUGGCACAAGUUCUGCGUUGUGAAUUGCUUAAAGGAAGGAGAUUACUUAAUGUUUGAGAUACUCGACAAUGGAGAGAAGCCAAUAUUGAAGUUUCAUGGCAAAUUUCUCAUCUAAUCCCUUUUAAAAAAUUCUGUUUUCCUCUCUUUUUGCUUACCUGUUUCUUUCUUUAAAUCAUAAAUACAAUAACAUCAUACUUCACUUUUUUUUAAUAAGGAUCCUUACUAGUGAUUAAAGAUUCUCUUUCUAUUUGUUGUUACCUCAUAGUUUCUAUGUCUUGGAUUUCAAAAUACCGGAAACAAAUUUUGUUAGUGAAAAAUAUAGUGUCUUGGUGAAACAGGACCGCACCAUGUUUGUUCAUUUGUUAUUAUAUCAUUUAUGUUUUCUCAAGUUCAACAAAAUCCAAGCUCAUAUUGGAAGGUUCUUAUUUAUGAAGUGUCUUAUUUAGAUGAUUUUUAGUGAAUGCUUUAAGUAAAAGUAUUUAAGCAAGCCUUUCCUGUUUUCUUGAGAGUACCAGUUGCUGAAAAAAGCUUUUGAGUUUUGUAGAAGAUUUUUUGAGUGACUUACAAUAUCGUUUUUAUUAAAGAAAUUUACCGAGUAGUAUAUUAUGAGAUAGGAUUUUCUUUUUUUCAGCUACAGUUGACCUUCCCCAGUCCCGAAAAGAAGCUCUAUGUUUCUGAAAGUUGAAUUAGCUCUUAUCAAAUUCUUUUCAUCUCUUCUUUUCCCCUCAAAAAGAUUUACUUUUCUCAAUAUUUAUUUUUUGGUCUUAAAUAUUCAUGUUCUGUUUCAUUCUAACAUUGUUGUGUCAAUUUAAAAACUAGAUAUGAAAGGAAGUGCAUCACCUCAGCCCGAAGGAAAGAUGAUCAAUUUGGACGCUAAAAGUGUUUCCACAGAAGCAGCAGGCGUUAAGAUUAAGACCUCAUACGUGACUGCUCCGAAAGCACUACCUGCUUCAACAUCUGCUACUGAUGCUAACCCGCAUUUUAUUUCAAUUAUUAAACCUUAUUCCAUCUUCAAACAUUUUCUGUAUAUUCCAUUGGCUUUUGCAAAAUCAAAUGGCUGGAUGAAUAGACGUUUUGAGAUGAUUCUCAUGGAUGAACAACAGAGAUCGUGGCCAGUUCGACUAGGGCCAGUGUCAGAUGAUCACAUCGGAAUUCACAUUGGAUGGCAAAAGUUCAAAGAAGCAAAUGAUGUCCAAGUAGGAGAUAUCUAUAGAUUUGAACUCAUCAACAAUGAAAAAAUACCUGCAGCCUAUUUCCAUCGUAUAUAUUCUGGAAAGGAUGCCAAGCAAAGCCCUUGACAAGUUAGUGAAGCAGUUGGUGAUGGGCAAGGGAAAGGAGCGUUGAAGGUGAUGCUUUGGAUAUACUACAUGUUGCUCUAAUCUCAACAGAUAAUGUACCUUCAGAUUUUUUUUCGUAACGGAGAAAUCCUCGAGGUCCAAUGGUACAUGGUUCAAAGCUUGGUGAAUAAUGGAUUUUGAACCUGUAUCGUGCACUAAACCCAUAAAUCACGUGUUGUGCUCUUACCACUAAACCAAAGUUCGAGGUCCAAGAUGUACCUUAGAUUUAAUGUUCUUCAAUUACCCUUCAUUUGAUUA